AUGGUCUUACUCAGCGUCAGGCUGCGGAUUACUCAUUCCAACUUAUUUUUGUCAAUCCACAUUGAUUCAUUUCAAUUCCAAGUUCAAGUUCAAGCCAAGCCCAAACCCAAGUCCAAUUCAGUCAUCAGUUCCACCCUCCGUGGAGACCAAGUUUACUUCCAUUCAUCCAAAGUCAUCUCGCUUUCCAUUAAGAGAGGAUUUCAUCUGAGACCAGUCAUCCUUCUCAUCCAACGCCUCUUCUUCUCAGCGUUGAAUAUCCAACUUCUAUCCAGACCUCCAGUACUUCCCUACUUCCUCUCCUCCAUUCAAUCCGUCACUGCUCCUACUUCUUCUACACCUUCCAACCAUUGCCUCAAUACUCCUGCGACGUAUAGCUUCAUUCCAAGCUUCAGAAAGAUUGUCAAUUUAAAGACACUUUCACCAUUCUCCAAGAUUCAGCCCGUUAACGACAUUCCAACCCCUAGUCAUCUUCUCAUCUCCCCUCGGAACGUUCCCCACUCACUUCAGACAACCCCUCUAAGAUUCACAUUUAUUAAUUUCUCAUACGCAUUCUACGCAUCUUCUUCACGCUUUCCAUAUACACCCGCCAUCCAAUUCUACGGUUCCAUCCCAUUUUCGGAAGGCUUAUUUACUAUCGUACCCAGACGACCCGGUUAUCCUCUUCUUACUAUUUCGCUUUUGUUACCCUUCACAAUCCACACUAUCCUAAUCUACUUAAAUCCUAGGCAGCGUCCUCCCUUAAGAAACUUAGGAGAAGGUUUUGUCCUAUCCAGUCUGGACUACUCUUUCCCUGGGCGCGCGGGAACUGGCUUACGCCAAAUCCACGACAUCUCGCAUGCAAAGAUCUCGGUCUCCCCCAUCGUCACCUCCGGUUUGCAUGCCGUCACUAUCAGGGGCACUGCUCGUGAAGUCGGUGAUGCUCUCUCUGCUAUCGGCAAGCGGAUUGCCCAUCGUUGCAUCCGCAACCCUAGGUCCAAGAAGCCUAAACAGCCUCCUGCGCCCACUGCCGCCCCUCCUACCCUCGUCGUUGAACCUCCUUCUUCUACUCCAACCUCGAGCUCUACCCCAACUACGCGGACACCCCGUUCCGGGACGGCUUCUCCGCACUUGCCCAUUCCUACGGCUGUCGACACUCGCUCCAGCCCAUCCUCGUCGUUCGCCCCUGGUUUGCCUAUGGAGGUGGACGCUCUUAGGGCUCCGCAGCAACACUCUGACGGUUACUCUCGCCCCGGGCCUGUUCAGCCUAGGGAGGGAAUUCAGACCGCGCGUCGUGGCGGUGGACCGCCUUGUGUCUUUGGUGCAAACCGUCCACGGUGA